CAAUAAAAGUGCAACAGCAAAAUAGGAAUACUUGUUGUGUUAACAAAGAAACAAGUCUUAUGUACUAUUCGCACGGGAUUAGUAUUAUCUGGGGACCUCGUGUGAUUUGGUAAUUACCCCCCGACAUCUGUUUUUUGUUUAGCGCAUUCGCACUGGAUAAGCCACACUUGUGAUUUCGCUUGAAAUUACUCCGGAUAUGAUGUCAAGGCUUUGCGUAACAUCCGCUUCCUUGCUUUUCAACAUGGCUGCUAAGAAGAAAAGUCGGCAUUGGACACGGGAGGAGACACUUUGUUUGCUUAAUGUUUGGGCCGAACCGCGUUACCAAAGGCAAUUUGAACAGAUGGUGCACAAUCACACUGUUUGGGAAAAUAUAUACCAAGAACUCGUCAUCCCGUCUAUACAGGACUUUGGAGAUUGGACAAAGGGUAAAGAAAGGUUGGAGUACCUGCGGAGAAAGUACCGUGAUAGCGUUAGAAACAACAACACGACUGGAACGAACCCCAUUAAAUGUCCUUAUUUUGACGAACUGGACGCUGUUCUCGGUUGCCGACCAAUGAACAACCCCGGAGACAUGAGGAUGGACAACGGGGGGAGUUCAGAUGAGGAGUCUGACUGUGUACGUUCAUCUGACAGCACUGAGGAUCACAACACCUCAAGGCAAAAUGAUGCAGAGGAGGCAUGCAGUCAUGGCUCAGCUUCCAAUGCAACACCCCCACAUCAUCCACCUGCUGAACCCAAGCAACAAGCACGCCUGUCGAGGAAGGGCCGAAAAACCCAGAUAAGGGAGGCAAUGGACAAGGGUCUGGAUCGUCUCCUGCAAUAUGAGAAUGCCCACGAAAGGGAGCGGUUUGAAUGGGAAAAAGAGAUGGAGAGAAAUAGAAUGGAGCUGGAAAGGAAACGCCUGGAUUUUGAAAUGAAGAAGAUGGAAGCUGAGGAAAAGAGAGCAGAAGAGAACAGGGCAUUAAUGCUCCAGAUGUUUCAGUGCUUUAGGCCCCAGUCCCACAAUUCACCUUUUCUGGGCCCUCAUUACUACCCUUAUCCAACACCUCCACAACGUCCAUCAGCUGAGAGCAUGGAAUUUCCAUCUAUAGCUCCUGGACCCCCUGCCCCAGCAGCAUAUCAAAUGCACUACUUCAAAGACGCAGGUUGUAUUUUUUUACAAAGUUUAUACUUAAUAACGGUUUAUUUCAUGUCCAAAUACUGGAAAAAAGUAUAACAACAGCUGAAAGUGACCUGACGUUCUGAAAUAAAAGUUGCUGUGCACUACAAAUAAA